GUCCCUGGAGCCCGGGAAGGUAACCAAGGGCACGGUUCUGCACGAGUUGAUGCACGCGCUCGGCUUCCAGCACGAGCACUGCCGCAGUGACCGCGACGACCACGUCUGGGUGGUGCCAGAGAACAUGAAGCCCGGACGGCGGGCUCAGUGGACGAGCGCAACCCAACGAUCAUCCCUAAAAAUCCUGUCCUCAUGCUGCACAUGGGGCACGGCAACUCCCUGAGCCCCUGUGAUAUCGUGAAAGUGCAAAAGCUUUAUGGCUUUCCAACAACCCGAGUGCUGAAUUCUCACUCUGCAGAUGUGAUAGCACACGGAGGUCUGGAGAACCAUGUGAACAUAUCCAGAAAAAAGACAGAGGAGGAGGUGAAGGAGGAAAAAGCAGCCAAAGUGCGGGCAUUAAACGCAAAAGGAGACCCAGUUGUGAAGGUUAUCACGGAGGUGGAGACGCAAUGCACUUACGAUAGCUCCACGGUGCCGCGCCUGGAGAAGCUGCUGGAGCUUCUGUCUGCGAACUGCCCAGCGCAGGAGAAGGAGGUGCUGCACACGGCUUACAGAGCGGGUGGUGGCCCAGAGCUGCUCAAGAAAAUCCUCGAGUUUCCCAAGGCAGAGUCAUACAGAAUUCCUCUUCUGCUUGUGGUCGCAAAAAUCGUCAAUGUCCUGGCUGUUCAGGCAGCAGAUGAAGCUUCCAAAGUCCUCAGGACUGGAGACAUUGCAGGUGACCCCUUGGAGAAAAUUGUGGAGUGGCCCAAACACCAGGAUGGCAACGUGUACAUCCCCUACAACAUCUCCAUCGCUUUCAGCGCCAGUGACAAGAAGGUCAUUGAGCAAGCCUUCCAGGAAUACCAUAGCAAGACGUGCAUCAGGUUCACUCCUAGUAAACUGGAGGAAGAGCAUUACAUCAACUUCCAGGCACUAGACGGGAACUGGUCAUUUUUGGGUCAGAAGGGAGGGGCUCAGUCCGUGUCCCUGGAGCCCGGGAAGGUGACCAAGGGCGUCGUUCUGCACGAGCUCAUGCACGCGCUCGGCUUCCACCACGAGCACUGCCGCAGCGACCGCGACGAGUACAUCACAGUCCAGGAGGACAACAUCAAGGAAGAUGAACAGCGUCAGUUUCGACUGCUGGAAACCAGCGAUUUUGAACUACCCUAUGACUACAUGUCCAUCACCCACUAUGACAGGUGUGCAUUCUCCGUGGAUGGGAUAAGCCCUACGAUCAUCCCUAAAUCAAAGACAGCCACUAUUGGUCAGCGGGAUUGCCUCAGCCCACUGGACGUCAUGAAGAUUCAAAAGAUGUACAAGAAUGCGGUGGCGAUUGAAAUCUCUAGAGCUCUUCCUGAGGACAGAAAUAAAAAAUUCCAGGAGCUGAGAAAGACUUUCUGCAACUGAAAUUGAUGCACUAAAGCGUCUUCUGGCUGCGUUGUGCCGAGCUGGGAUCAUGGUACUGUAUAACCUGUCCAGCCAGAAGAGAGCGUCUUGGAAGGGACCAAUCACCUCAUGAUCCAUUUACAAAAAUCUUUCGUCUCUAUAUUUUGCUCCAUUGACUGCUAAUUAACAGUAAAAUAGAUUUAC